AAAUGGUUACUGUAAUACUAAAAAUGGUAUUUUUUGUGAAGUUUAUAUGAAACAAUUUUCGAAUGGCGUUUAAUUAUGCAAAUUUGGCUGAUAAUAUGUUGCCAGUUUUUGGAAGCAUGCCAAAUGGCGUCACCUUGCCAAAUCAUCCAAAUUUUAUUAAUCAAUUGGCUGCUGCCAUUUCGACUGGCACGGUUGGCGUUCACACGCCCACAGCAGCAAACAACAGUGGCGCAUCAGCACAAACAAACGCUCCAGUAAAUAACAAAAAAAGCAGUAAAUUAAAGCCGCACAACGCACAGGGCAGCGUUCCUAUGGAUUUGGAAAAUGAUAACGACCCAGAAAAUACAGAUAACAUGGCAGCUGGGAAACCAUCUGACAAAUUGCCAGGCGCAGCUCUGUCUCUGCCUGACGCACAGCAACUUUAUUUAAAUGGUCUGAUGCACACACCGCCCGGCUACUUGUACUUUCCUACCGCACAGAGCGCUGCGGCUGCCGUAGCAGCGACUACACCUAGUGGUACAACAAGUUCAUCAGCUAAUUCAUCGAAUGCUAAUGCACAAAUGCUGCUUGAUCCCUCGGCAAUGAUGGCGGCAAUGCAACAAAUGCAGCAUAACUAUGCAGCUGCAGGCUACGUGGCUGCAACGACAGUUGGUGGCAUGCCGUCUGAUGUUACAGGACCGGGUAUGGAUGGUACUAUAACAGCUGAUGGCACAGGAAAUACUGCUGGCUUAAAAGAGGUGAUCAAGACCAAGAACUGCAUAUUGUUUCCACCCAACCCGAAUGCACCGCCACCUACCAUACGCGAACGUCCACCGGGCUGCCGUACUGUGUUUGUCGGCGGCUUGCCAGAGAACAUUACUGAAGACGUUAUUCGAGAGAUAUUUGAGUCGUGUGGCGAAAUCACCACAUUACGCAUGUCUAAGAAGAACUUUUGCCAUAUACGCUACCGACAUGAGGCAGCCAUAGAUCGUGCCAUUUACUUAUCGGGCUACCGACUACGCAUCUCAAGCCAAAAUGAACCUCCCAAUUUUGGGCGCCUGCAUGUGGACUAUGCUCAGGCACGAGAUGAUCAAUACGACUACGAAUGUAAGCAGCGUCAAUUACAGAGAGAGCAACGUCAUCGAGAACGCAUGUCGCUGGACCGCAUGCGUUCACAAUCACCGCCACCAAUACCACAUUAUACGGAUCAUGAGGCCACCGCAGUGGCGGAACAUCUGCGUAAUAAUGAGACGUUUGUGAAGGCCAUUCAAACCAUUACCGCUUGGCUAGAACGUGGCGACUGCACCAAGCGCAAUGCAAACGUCUUUUACUCCAUGAUCCAAAGCACACACGCGCAUGUGCGGCGUUUGCAUACGGAUAAGCAGCAGCUUGAAGAAGAUCUGCGUAAAGCGCGCGAAUGUUAUCGCAAACAAAUGGGCACCAUGUCAACGCAAUUCACUCAGAUUGAAAAAGUGUUCAAUGCCGCUAGUCACAAGAAGGUUUGGGACCAUUUCACCAAAGCCCAAAGAAAAAACAUCGACCAAUGGAAGAAAUUAGCGACGGAAUUGCGCACGGUCCAAAUCGACGAUGAUGAAAUGGAAAUCUCAGAUGACGAGCGCGACUACGAGAAGCGCAGCAAACGUACUCGCUACGAUAGCGAUGGACUGAAAGAUGAGAAUGACUCGCUACGUUGUCAAUUAGAGGCUAUUCGUAAUGAGAUGUCAGUGGAGCGAAGUGACUGUCUGCAGCGCGAAAAGCAGAUCAAGGUGUUACAAGAGACAAUACGCAACAUGCAGACACAGCUGUUGCAAACGAAGCUUCGCGAGCAAAAAGACUGCAAAACCAUUGAGCAGCUUGAAAGGAAUCUCAAAGAGGCGGGCGUCAAGCAGCUUCUACUUAAGACAAAAAUAAAGGAGACUGCAGAUAAGCUAAAAGACAGGGAAGCAUACAGCACCAGUGCUUCAGUUGCUUCAAAUCCCGAAUACAGCAGCGGUGACUCGUGCAGUAGAAAUGCGGAUGAUCUCAGAGCAGCUGCAAAAAAAGAAGUUGCAAUUGAAUUAGAAAUAAUAGAUAUUGAUAAAGUGGACGAUGAUGUACGAAUUAUCGAGCAUCAAAGCGGUGUAGUCGAAAUUCAUGAGAUCGAGGACGAUGAGAAACUAGAAGCAGCUUCGGAGCCAAUGAAAACUAUUGAUGAAGCCAAUCAAUUGCCCAAAGCCGAUGAAAGUGUUAAGUCUGAUAAUGUGGAAACUGUAGUGCAAUCAAACGUUGAACAAUUGGCCACACGUACAAAGAGCAUGCUAAUGUCGCUGGCACUUUUUGAAGCCAAAAUCAUUGCACUGACUUCCGCCUACUUGGUUCUGCAUCCCCAUGGCGUGGACAUAGAGAGUAUUUCCAGCUAUUUGCGUGGAAUGCUGCUCAAGUCGCUUGAGUUAAAGAGCAACGAUGACCUAGCGGAUAUACUCGCAAAAUAUACAAAUCUUUUCAAGUCUGAGCAGUCAAAGUGGACAUUCUGUGGUUUUACGGACGAGCCUGUGGAUGCAAAUGCAACCAAGGCACAGUAAAUCACAGGCGUUAACAAAAAACAGAAAAACUUAAGGCUUUAACUAAGUUACGACUAUUGUAUGCCUAGUGGUAAGGAAUGAGCGCCAAGUGACAUGUUAACCAAAAAUGUGAUUGCUGCAAUCACAUAAAUGAGACCAGUUUUCUAAACGUAGGAACUUGUAGUUAAUUUAAGCUACACUGAAACAAUUAUUAAAACGACAACAACAAAGAACUACCGUUUCAAUUAUUUUAACAAUUAGAAUGUAAUGUGUGAGUAAAUCAAAUAUGUACACAAAUAUACUGAAUACAUAAUGCACAUUAUGUAAAGACACCAAACAAAUGUUGCUAAAAUUGCUUUUAAUGUAAUA